AUUUAUAUAUAUCCUGUAGUUGAUGUCAAGUGAAGUGAACUGUCACAUUUCGCGUUGUAUUUGGGUUUUGCGUGGCGGGGCUUAGUGCGUCAUUCGAGGAAAAAUGAGUACUAUGAAUAUAUCUAUAGAAAAGAAACGAUCAGACUGCUCUGCCUUGCCUAAGGGCUGGCAAAGGGAGGAAAUUUUAAGGAAAACAGGACUGUCCGCCGGCAAAGUUGAUGUUUACUAUUAUAGCCCAACAGGUAAAAAGUUUCGCAGUAAAGCUGAGCUAGUUCGUUAUCUGGGUGAUAGUAUGGACCUGUCGUGUUUCGACUUUCAGCAGGGUCAGAUAAACACAAUGCUGCUGUGCAAGGCCAAGAAAGCACGAGCGCAGUUUGACUACAGGGGCGUCCGUUCUGAUGCGUCAUUAGUACCACCGAUACGCCAAACGGCUUCAAUUUUUAAGCAACCUGUUACCGUUUACAAAACACAGGAAAGCAAAGUUAAAACUGAUUUGAAGCAUGGCACACAGGAGAAACCUAAACAACUGUUCUGGGAGAAGAGAUUGGAAGGUUUAACGGCGUGUGACGCGGAAGGUGUUAAAGGCACCACCUCCUUGCCUAAAUACAUAAAACCCUUGGGUCCUUACAACUCUGAUGCUACGAUCAUUCAGUCGCUGGCAACUGCUCUGCAUGUGUCAUCGCAACCUAUAACAGGACAAACUGGUCCCAAACAGUCUAUACUGGAGAAUCCGGGAGUUUUUUUAAACCCUGAACAGCCGCUGAUAGCUGCGGUCACUAUAACCAAGGACGAUGUGAGACGGCAGGAGGAGCGUGUGCGCCGCGCGCGCCAGCGCCUGCAGCAAACGUUAGCGGUCGCAUAGGGCCACGCCGGCGAUGGGGAGGCUCGCGCCGCCCCCGUCGCCGACCUGUCCGUAAGCUCGUCGCGCCGCUCAGACUCCGCAGAAGCCUCGCCCAAACCCUCGUCGACUGAUAUGAAUAUUGAUGAAUGAGCCAACUAGAGAAUCUUUAGAAAAAUUAAGUAUUUGACUUUUUUAAGGUUGGUAAUAGAAUCCGAAGACCUCACUAUGACCGUCAGCGCGUGGUCAGCGUAACUCUAAAAUCAAUCUCACACUUUUUUGUAUGAUGUUGUGUAUCACUACUGGUCAAAGUUCGUUUAUUCGAUCCCAAACUAUUCAGUCCUCUGAACCAAUUUACAACAAUAAAAUAUGAGGGCUAAGAACUAUAUUAACAUUUAAUAAUCAUAAGAAUUACUUGCAUGUUGAGUAAGUUGAUUGAAAACGAGAUUUUGUUGUUCAUAUUAACAUUAAAAGCUCUUAUAUUUUAAUUCCUUAUUUUAUGGUUUUCAAUGAAUUAAAUUUAAUUUUGGAAAUACCAGGAACAACAUUUUGAUAUGAGUCGAAUACCCAGUUCUUUUACGACAUUGAGAAUUCCAAAAACAGAUUCUCUUUUAGGUAUUUACAAGGCAAUACAGCCAUUAGUUUUAAGGCAUAAAAUGUAAGGUACAGUCAAUUUAAUUGUAAAUUUUCAAUGAGAACAAUGCAUGCGAGUUUGUCUCUAUUAAUUAGGUUUUAUACUCUAGAUGUCUAUUGUAACUUUAAUGUUUUUAAACUAUAUUAGUGAUACCAGGAAUCUGAAAUAUAAUAAUGCAUGAACGGCUGUUGAAAUCUGUAAGUUUAAGAAGCGUCACAAUAUUGUCUGGUAGUUAUAAUAUAUACAUUGUUUUCAAUAAAUUUAAUAAAAUCAGAAACUAAGGAAAUAUGUUAUUAAGUAAAAUAUAUUUUGUAUAGUAAGAAUAAAACUAUUUGGUAACUUGUGA